ACGUCGACCAGAGGUCCUCGACUCCCGCGUGGGCUCCCUCUUCUGCGCCCAGCCCAACUUUUUUAGGGAGGUGGCAGACGGCGGUGUACAGGGGGGAGAAAAAGAAUAUGUGUUUUGCUACAAGAAGAUGGUUCUAUCUACAGCUGGGCUGCAUGAUGCUGAUCAAUCUGGUUAAUGCUGACUUUGAGUUUCAAAAGGGAGUGCUUGCCAGCAUCAGCCCAGGAAUCACCGAAGACAUUGAUCUCCAGUGCUGGAAAGCUUGCUCUUUGACAUUGAUAGAUCUCAAGGAACUCAAGAUAGAGCACAAUGUGGAUGCUUUUUGGAAUUUCAUGUUGUUCUUGCAAAAAUCUCAGCGGCCUGGACAUUAUAAUGUCUUCUUAAACAUAGCUCAGGAUUUCUGGGACAUGUAUGUAGACUGCUUGCUUUCAAGAUCUCAUGGAAUGGGCAGAAGACAGGUGAUGCCCCCCAAAUAUAAUUUUCCACAGAAAAUAACAGGAGGUAAUUUAAAUGUGUAUUUGAGAAAAUAGCAGUUUACUUUUCUUUAAAAGCCACUAUUUAAUUCUUCUGAUUUUUUUCAAGUUAUCCAACAAGGUAGCAAAUUUGCCAUAUUUAGUUUUUUUUCCUAAAAUGAUAGGUUUUGAUUCUCAUUUUUACUCAUUUUAUAUUAUUUACAAACCACACAAGCUCUGACUUACAAACAAUUCUAAAUGAUCUUGGAAUAUAAUACACUUUGGUAGAUAAUUAAAAUUGUCCUCGUUUCCCCAUGAAUAGUUAAUAAGAAAGCCAUUUAACCCUGUAAUUAUUCAUAUUACAUUUGUUGAAAUUUUAAACAUCAGACAUGUAUUUAGGCUUUUGAAAUUAAUUUUUUCAAUAGGGUUGUAUAAAAGCAGGAAAUUUAAGAGUCAUAUUGGAAUGAAUAUUAACAAUUUCUUCUUUUAAAUUUUACAGGACUAGAUUUUACAAAAUGAGAGUAUUACAUUUAAGAGAAAACAUGGAAAAUACCUCAAGCAAGAUGACAGCAACCUGAAAA